CUUUAAAACAUUAUCGUGUCUAAAUAAAGGUGUCAUUAUUAUUAUUAUUAUUAUUGUGUCCUAUGGCAGCUAAAAAUCCAGGUUGCGCAACUGCGACAUUAUUAGAAAAUUUCAGAUCACGGUAAGAAUAUUAAGAGACAAACCAAGAAUCAUGACGCCAGUGGUUGCAAAUCAAACUACAUGACGUUUUGGCACGCUUUGGUCAAACCUUGUCGAUGUCGGGGCUACAAACCUUUGAUGUAGAUUUUGAAUCGACAAAGAGCCUAAUGGAAAGAACAAGAAUCAUUUACCUUGGGUUGAUGAUUCAGCCUUCCUCGUGAAAGACACAAUUUGCUCCUAUUUGCCGAUCUUGCAAGAGCGCUUUUAGACUGCUUUUACAGUCCUCGAGUAAUGCCAAAUACUAUUGUCCAUCUUCCCAAACAUAUGUCACGAGACCACCUCGUGACCUGUCUCGUGUGUACUGCGUCUAACCGGGUUUGCUGCCAAAAGCACUCUUAGAAAGAUUCCCGAAAAUCAAAUCGUAUGGCCCGAAACAUUAGCUUAGAGAUCGCAAAUUAGUUUAAUACCACACAGAUGAAUAGUGCUUUUCGCUCGCUCUGAUUAGCUUGUUCGGAAGUGAUUAGCAAGUGCUAUUCACCCAGCCUGUUUUUGUCCUAACCCCCAAGUCUCUCUCAAAUCCUCAAGUAGAGUCAAACCUCGAUUAUCCGGACUCAUUGGAACUAGGCAUAGAAGUCUUUAACGAGCUGUUCAUUAUGUGCAACUGAGAGAUAAUGUGCAACCCCUCUAUUAACUCUGAUGCGACUAACCUACAGCAAUUUACGCUUCAAUCCUUCGCUGGUCUCCAAGUUGUAGGCAAACUUCAUAAUCGUGUCCUUGUUCUUGCGGAUAUCAGAUAUAUAUAACAUGAUGAUCGUGAAUAAACAUUCGCGCCACUGUGGCUUGUUUAUCUUGCCUACCACGCUGAACCACCCAAUAGAGCGUGAACUCUCACUUAGUAAUUUAGCUACUCAUUCGAAUGUUAUUCAUUAGUUACCACGCGUACGAGCGCUCCUUUUCAUUAUUGAAAGCGAAACAAACUCACUUUGGAGUUUAGAAAAGUGUAUGGCUACGGAUCUUGAUCAUGACUGAUAAAUAUUCGUGACAAAAUUGGGACCAAAUAAAAAGUCCGGAUAAUCGAGACUGUACAACCUAUUACGUGACUAGCAUCUCAAUCAUUUGCGCGACUCGCUGCAACUCAUGUUUUCAUUGGUCAAUGAAGAAAAAAAAAUUUAGUUUCCUAUUUUUAGAAUCCAAUAGGAAGCCUAUACCGGCGAGUUUAGAGGGGACGUCAAACGUCGUAUCAAAUGAAAAGUGGGAUUUAGUUUAUGAAAAUGGCGAACGAAUCGUUCACCAGUCGUUUGAUUAUCAACAUUAAUGAUCUUUUGAGAGUGCAUAGAGUCGAGAAGCAAAGAGUUGAAUUUAAAGCAUCAUGGAAUACAGGCGGUACAUCAUUUCAAAUCCUUCAUUCUAUCACUGCAUUUGGAAAUGAUUUCCUUAAUGAUAACGGUGGUUACAUCAUUAUCGGUAUUGAAGAUGAACCUUCAGAAGAUGGUCAAGUUCAAGUCUGUGGCGUCCCCAGUCAGGAUCUUGACAAUAUACAGAGACAAAUAAAUGGACUUUGUAAAGGAAACAUCAAGCCUCCAUAUUAUCCCAUACUUUCUCCUGAAAUUUACAACGAAAAGCACGUACUUGUGAUCUGGGCUACGGCAAGCGAGAACGGCCCCCAUGAAUGUAGAAAGAGCGACAGGGGAGAGUUCCAGUUCUACAUACGGAGAGGACCGCAAACUCUUAUGGCUUCGCCGGGAGAAAGAACGCAGUUACUGUUGCAACAUAAUAAGACACCCUUUGAUGACAGGAUGGCUGGACAUAUAGACGGCGGGAAAGACCUAUCUGAGAACGACAUUGAUAGAGAUCUCGUGCAAAAAUUCCUUAAAGACAUCGGGAGCAAAAUUCAAGACCAAGAUCUUGCUCGUCCAGGACAGCUUUACAAAAACAUGAAAUUGGUGAAGGUGAUGGGACAACGAGAAGCAGAAGGCAAAGUAAUUGACAUAUUAGUUCCUCGAAAUGUAUCUCUGUUGUUCUUUAGUAAAACCCCCGACGAGUACUUCAGAGGAGCACAAACAGAUAUCACGAUAUACAAUGCCGACGGCGAAGUCAAAGAAGACUUGAAGAAAAAGGGUCCAAUCGAUCAUCAGAUCAAUGAAGUAUUGGAUUUCAUUUUGAAGGAAACCAAAGAUGAAGAAUCGCUAGAUUCUGUUCAGUAUCCCAAGAGAGCCCUUCGAGAGGCAGUUGUCAAUGCCUUUUAUCACAGAGGAUAUGAACCAGAACAUUGCGAUCCUGUGAAGGUGCGUAUUUACACCGCUCACAUCGAUAUAAUAAGUUAUCCUGGUCCGCAUCAAAGCCUUAAACUUUCUCACUUCUCCGAGGACGGUGAUUUACCCCCGGUAAAGACAAGGAACAGACGAAUUGGCGAAUUCCUUGUGAAAAGAAAACUGGCUGAGGAAAAAGGGACAGGUGUAAAAACUAUUUUCCGCUCAAUGAAACGAAACGGGAAUUCCACACCUGUCUUCCAGUUUGACGAAACGUACUUUCGCGUGCGACUGCCAAUGCAUCCCAAUUUCAUGGUUCGUGAAAUUCUUCAAUUAACAAGCACCCUUAGCGGAAAGGGUGAGAAGAGAAAAGCUGUGGAAUCACUUCUGGAGUUUCUUGAAAAAAAUCCAGGCAUUCGUUGCGAAAGCCUGUUCCAGAAAUUGAUCGAGCUGCACGACAAUGACAGGAAACAUCCUAAUGUCGAGAAGUACAAAGAAUUUGUUACUGAUCGCGUGGAACGAAGGGUUGCUUUGGCAUCAGAGCUUGACGAAUGGUCUAGAAACCCACUGGACAUAAAGAAGGGUGUCCAAAUCGUGGAGAGCCUUGUAAAAGAAGGUGCAACCUCCGAGGAUCUGAGGAAGGCGACCAAUAUCGCUGUUGAAAAAUUAACAAAGGAGCUAAGUGAUCCGUCAGCUCUAGAGGCCAACCAGGAGGCGCAUCAGCUUAUCCAUGCAAUGGGCAGUGUGGUCAAAAAGGAUGCAUAUCUGUCCUACCAUUUUGCAAAAUGCAAAUUCAAAUUAUUUUCAUUAAACACAAGGGCAGUUAAGGGUGUCAGGGAACGAAGUGGAUUUUCUUCCUAUCUCACUGAAGCCGCAGAGUGUGUCAACGAUGCAGUGCAACUGACUAGUGAGGAAAACAACUCCCACUUGGCAAAUGAAUAUCGCUUACUGGGAUAUAUCCACUCACGACUCCACGGUCUAAAAAAGUCGACAAUUGCUGAUAUUUUAGGGUACUACGAUAAGGCCAGAUCGUACCUUCCAGAUAUACACAUAAAUGUAACGUUUAUACCGGGAGGAUUCAGGAACCGUUAUAAUUAAUCUACCCGAGGAGGACUCCCCGGUUCAUCGAUGAGGGAGAGAACACUGGAAAGUGUAUAUCAUACCUUUGUUACUACAAUGUUACUAACAAACUGAGAAAUCUGGACCCAAAGGCUAAGGAGGCUAUUUCGGUUAAAUGCUUUUUGAGCUGUCUUCACUUAUGGCGUAACUGUAGCUUCAUACCAAAAAUACUACCAUGUUACUUUUCUUUUUUAAGGAAAUCUCCAGGUAGUGCUGUUGGUAGCAAGGUUGAUUCGUAGUGGUAUACAUGACAAUUGAAAACUAAGGUUAUAAAAUAAAAAAAGCUGACGUUACGAGCGUUAGCCCUUUCAGCCCGAUAGCCCUUCGUGAGCCCGUUAGCCCUUCGUUAGCCCUUCGUCAGCCUUCGAAGCCCGAGCGUUAGCCCUUCGUCAGAGCGAAGGGCUCC